AGAAAACCACCAGUUGAACGUGGAGCUUUAGGCGAAUCAGUUCAGCCGGUGCAAUUAUAGUAAAGCAUAGUUUAAUGUGCAAUGCAGUUAAGAAAUGUGCGUCCAGAGUCAAAGCAUGCAGAGUCAAACGCUGGUGAGUCAUGGCAGUGGACGGUCUGAGGAUUCUUUGGUGCUCUCAUCUUGCAGAUGUAUUUGAACUGCUAAACUGGACAUAACCACACAUUUCUAGUAGGUGACACACAAUCCUUCAGCUCCUGCACAUCCUCCUGAUGAGUAUGAUCCAUUUCAACCCUUUCACGCUACACGUGCGACUGAGGGUGAAGUCAACGCGUGAAUCCGUUUGCUCACUUCUGCCUCCUUCCCUCUGUUGCCGCCGGUGAUUUAGCAGAAGCGGAACAACGCACUUCUCUUCCGGGACCUGACGACGGCACACUUUUGCAUCCACCCACUCUCAGCGAAGCGCUGAAAGCAGAUCCCGUGCGUUUGCAGCCCGCAAGACCGAACCUAGAGCUCAUCAGUGCCAAAAAGCCCGUUGGAGGACAGCAAUAAUGGCUUCAGAGACAUCUGUGUAUAAUGGACGUGGAUAAAAUGUCACGUGCGUGCUUCAACCGAGGCGCUCGUGGCACUAACUAGCCCCCAUACCCAGCGGAGGCUUACGUCACGUUAAAUAGCCGCUCCCCGCCCCGGUCCGCUCCUGACACGCUCCGGGAUCCUCUGUAUCCACCAAAUGAAGCAGUCACCCGGCACAGCGGCUGCAAGCUGAGGCCCGUCCUUUGAUCGAGCCCGUGGAAAAUAAUAGUUCUGCCUCGAACCCGACCUGAGCUCGCGACCACAUGGGAGGGCGGCGGGGAGAAAGCGCGACGCGGCGUCCUCCCCCAGACAGCUGUGCCUGAGCCCGAGGCGCGAGGAGCAGCGAUCAACAGGCGGCGGUGCGUUUUAAUGGCGAGCGGCUCGUGAGGUCCCCGGCGGCACCGCAGGAAGAGCGCACGAGCAGCGGACACGCGUUUCGAGACACCACCUGGCUGCGCACGGCGGAGAGAGCAUGUUGUCCCAGCUGGGUGAGCUGAUAUGGGCCGACUGGAUCUGGUUCCCUCCAGGCCACGGCUGGUCCGAUCUGAACGCCCACGAUGGCAAAGUCUUUCCUCAAACCCAGGAUCUGUGGGCCGUCCUCCCCAUCGCUCUCUGCUUCCUGGUGGUCCGACAGGUCUUUGAACGGACCGUCGCCAGUCCACUGGCCUCUCUGCUAGGGGUGAGCGACGGGCGGCGCGUGCGUGCGGCUCCAAAUCCCGCCCUCGAGUCCUUUUUCUGCAGCACAUCAAAGCAUCCCACACAGGGCUCCCUGGAGAGUCUGAGCAAGCAGACGGGAUGUUCCGUGCGACAGGUCCAGCGGUGGUUCCGGAGGCGCAGGAACCAGGACCGGCCCAGCAAGCUCAAGAAGUUCAGUGAAGCCAGCUGGAGAUUUACCUUUUACCUUCUUGCUUUCUUUGCUGGCCUUGCAGUCCUCGUCGACAAACCGUGGUUCUAUGAUAUGAAGCAGAUGUGGGACGGUUUCCCCAAAAUGCCACUGUUGCCUUCGCAGUACUGGUACUACAUGACUGAGUUGGGCUUCUACGUCUCGCUGCUCCUCAGCGUCGCGUCGGACGUCAAACGUAAGGAUUUCAAAGAGCAGAUCGUUCACCACGUGGCCACCAUAGCGCUCAUCGGCUUCUCCUGGCUGGUCAACUACAUCCGGGCAGGGACGCUGAUCAUGUUGGUCCACGAUGCCUCCGACUAUCUGAUGGAGUCUGCUAAAAUGUUCAACUACGCCGGCUGGAGGAGAACCUGCAACUUCAUCUUCACCGUGUUUGCAGCAGUCUUCAUCGUCACCCGCCUCGUCAUCCUUCCCUUCUGGAUCAUACAUACCACAUGGGUGUACCCCCUGACCCUGUACCCGGCCUUCUUCGGCUUCUACUUCUUCAACGGGCUGCUGUUGGUCCUGCAGGUCCUGCACAUCUUCUGGGCUGCGCUUAUUCUGCGCAUGGUCAUCAAAUUCCUCCCAGGAAAUGACAUCGUUGAGGAUGAGCGGAGCGACAAAGAGGAGACCGAGUCGGAGGAUGAGGACGAGGAGCGGAGGGAGAAGUCCAAGAACGGCCACGUGCAGAACGGCCACGCAUCCCUCAACGGGAGGCACCGGAAGAGCGAGUGAGCCGGGCGGAGACGGGGCCGCGGUGAAGAGGACGGGCCCUCGAGCGAGGCCGCAAGUCCAACCAAAGAUCGGGAGCGCGGCGUGUUGAAAGUGGCAGCAGGCGGCCCCCACACACACAGACACACAGACGGAUACACACACACACAGACACACAGACGGAUACACACACACACAGAUACACAGAUACACAGACAGAUAUACAGACACUCACUCUCACACACACACACACUCACACACACAGACAGAUACACACACAGACAGAUACACACACACACACACACACACCCCUGUGGAUUAUGCUAAACAGCGGAAGACUCUGAUGAUCUGCUUAGAACCGGAGCAGCAGAGUGACCUCCUCCUCUUUUCUCCCUCCUGCAGCGUCCUUUGCUUUUUUUUGCCAAGACUUUGUGCUGUUGACCAAGUUGCAGACGCUGCCUGCUCUUAGUUUUUUUGGUGCUGUGUUGAGGACAGGCAUCGUCUAUUAAUGCUCUAACGAGUAUUACUGCCCUAAAACGACUCUGAGGUCAAAGACAUUGUGAGACAUCAUUUCUUAAUAAUCUGCACAGCUGCCGUUGUUAGUUUGAAUCUUGCCCAUGACUUUGAGUUGGUGUUUGCUUUAUUCUAUUUUUCCCACAACGUCGUUUGAGAAAACGAUUGAGGAUCAGUGACACUUUUUUUUUCAGAAAGCUGCCACAAAAAAUGUAAGAUUUGCCAGAACUUGUCUCCAAGUGCUCUUUGCUCCACGUGGAGCAGGACGCACGUCACUCUUUAAUGGUCGUGGUCGUUUGAUUUUACUUUUCUGUGUUUUUAUGUUUCCUUUUAAAUUAAGCAGUCGGUAACUGUUUGAGUUAUUAUGGGCUAGAAGUAGUUUUCCUGUCAGUGUUGUUUUUUCCCAGCCAUCUAAAAAUGCACUUUAUGGUUUCUACUCUAGAUCAAAUGUAUCUAGUAAACGAUCUCGGGCUGCUUUGCUAGACUUAAAUUGAAUCCACUUAGUUUCGACUUUAGGUCGGGUGUUUUAUUUAUUCUGAUCUACCCAGGAUAUGCUGUUUAGUUUAGUUUAGUGUAACAAAAACAAUUUAAAGAAAUUCAAUACCAAAGUAUAGUUUACAUUUUGUUUGACCAUUUCAUUCACAAGUGCCUUUAGCAUUUCAAUUGUAAAUAUUGAUAAUUAAUGAUAUUCCUUAAGACUCUAACACUCAGGGCCUGUGACUCUGCUCUGUGCCUCAGCUCAACGACCAAUCACCUGCAGCUCUGCUUCAGCACAAUAACAGCGUUCUCAUUCUGCUGAGAUGUAAAAGCCUAAUGAUAUUGAUGGAGAUAAAGAUGAUUGUGGAUAACGA